CACCAGCACCACCAGUAUAGUUAACAGUAUAGUUAACCAGUUUGUUACUAAGGCACUACCAUUACCAUAACCAUUAUCAAUGGCUUCGAAGAAUAUCCUCACUCCAUAUUUGAAGUCACUCCUUUUAGAUCCUCCCAAUCUAACACCUAGUGAUUUGGCUACUGUACUUCGAUGUGUAUUUCGAGGUCUUGCAUCCGAUGUUCAAGUAGCAUCAUUUCUUACUGCUUUAAGAUUAAGAGGUUUAGAUGAAGAUCCUGAUUUUAUAGCUGCAGCUGUCACUACUGUAUUGGAAUUUUCUGAUGUUAUAACUCCUGAAUCAGUUGAUUCUCAUGGUUAUAUUGAUAUAGUUGGUACAGGAGGUGAUGGACAAGAUACUUUUAAUGUAUCAACAUCUUCAGCUAUUGUUGCGGCAGGGAUUGGAUUACCAGUAUGUAAACAUGGAGGUAAAGCAUCAACUUCAACAUCAGGUUCAGGAGAUUUACUUAAAUGUCUUGGAGUUGAUUUAAUGUAUGUUAAUCUGAAAACUACACCUGAAAUUGUUAAAAAAUCAAAUUUUUGCUUUUUAUUUGCUCCUGCUUUCCAUGCUGGAAUGGGUAAAAUUGCUUCUGUAAGAUCUCAAUUAGGAAUCCCUUCAAUUUUUAAUAUUCUUGGUCCAUUAAUUAAUCCAAUUCCUAUAAGAUCUAGAAUUUUAGGUGUUAAUAGUGAAAAAUUAGGUGAAUCUUAUGCUCAAGCUGCUGCUACAUUAGCUAAACAAUCAAAUGUUCAUAAAAGAACUAUGGUAGUAUUUGGUACAUGUGUUCUUGAUGAAAUAUCACCAAUUGGAACUACUAAAUAUUGGAUGGUAGAAGAAGAUGGUUCUAUACAUAGAGGAGAAUUAUCUCCAAGUUAUUUUGGUUUACCUCAACAUAGUUUAAGUGAAGUUAAAUCAGGUACUCCACUUGAAAAUGCUGAAAUUUUACUUCAUAUUCUUCAACAAGAUACUCCGGAAUUUAAAAUACGAGAUUCAAAUAAUCAUCCAAUAGUUGAUUAUAUUUUAAUGAAUACUGCUGCUUUAGCCGUAGUAGCAGGAGCUGCUGAUACUUGGAUUCAAGGUGUUGAACUUGCUAAAUCUUCUAUUGUUAGUGGUUCGGCAUACUUAGCUUUAGAAUCGUUUAAGGCCGCUAUCUCCGACGUGAGCUCAGUAGAAUAACUAACCACUAACUAAAAGUAAAUAUAUGUAAAUCUAUAAGUACAGUACUAACAACAGUACUAACAGUACUAACAGUACUAAGUGAGUGAGUGAGUGAGUGAGUGAGUGACUGUCGCAAAUGGUAC